AUGGAGGCAGCGGUGGCGAUCUUGAAAGAAUCGGCGGACGAGAGCACGACUGGACCUCCCAUCGUGGUCAAACCGCCCGUGGUAGGGGAGGUGCCGCUCCUGGCGCAGAUGCAACUGGCCAUGGAUCGACUCGACAACAACAUGACGACCCAACCGGGGCCCCUUCUCGACGUGGCCGUCACAAGAAAGCAGUCGUGCUUGCUCAAGGACCACGUCGAGCCCCGUCCAGACUUUGCCAGCGUCAAGUUUACACUCAAGAAUCGCUUCAGCCACUUGGCGUCGUUCCGCAAGAAGAAGAUCAUUGAAAACAUUGAGGACCUCAAGCAAAAAUGUGUCGCGGUCAUCGGUCUCGGCGGUGUAGGCGCGUUAGUCGCUGAAAUGUUCACUCGUAGCGGGGUGGGCAAGCUCACCUUGAUUGAUCACGGAGUAGUGAAGAUGGCCAGCAUGAGCCGCAUGCACUAUUUGCCCGAGCACGUGGGCAUGUCCAAGGUGCAGGCGUCGCGGUUGUACCUGCGGCACUUGAAUCCUCACGUCGAGAUCGAGACUUUUCAUUGCAACGUCAAUGACGAGCUCGACGCUGAAGUGUUGCUGGAUGUGCUCCAAGACUGCAAAAUGCACCAGACGUCGACCGGGCCGACGGAUCAAAUUGGCCUCGACCACCACUCGAAUCCAUCGCAUGCCCGCGCCAGCCAUGGCCACAUGCAGUUUCGAUUGCCCAUGGAUGCCAUCCUGUGCUGUGUCGACAACUCGGCCGCACGAGGGCGCGUCAACCAGAUAGCCCUGCAGCUCAGCAUUCCAUUGAUCGACGUCCGACUGUCGCCGUGCAGCUCGGCGAUUACCGUCCAGACCAUUUUCCCUGGCUACAGCGCGUGCAUGCAGUGUCAUUGGUCAGACAAGUUCGAAGCAGACGCGAUCGUGGCGGACGCAGUGUCCCGAGAGUGCCCGGCUACGUUGCCCCAGUGCGAGUUGAUGGCGGCGGGCCUGGCGUCGCAAAGCGCAAUCAAGUUGCUGCUCGAGUUUGGCGAGCAAAUUCCAUUCUACCGGGUGAAUUGCCUCGACAUGGACAUCAGCACGUUCUGGUUCAAGCCGAAUGAAGAAUGCGCCGAGCCCAUGUGCAAGCUCAAGCAAAGCGAGUACCAGCUCGACGUGGAGAAGCAGGUCGCGGCUGCGGAACUCACGGGGUCGUCCCCGACUGAAAUACACGACGACAGCGACGGCGAUUGA